GCUUAUUGAAAAGCUGCUUCUUUGCUGUCCUCAAUUGCUCACCACACCUAACAUCAUCCAAACCCUAACAUCAGCUUCACAACAGCAAAGAUGGCAUUUGCGCUUCACUUGUUACUGUCGUGUGUCAUCAGUGGACUGUUCUCUGGAACUUGGGCUUUUGUCUUCGACAGAGACAACUAUUGCCCUCCAGGCUGGACUCGGUUGGACAACCGCUGUUUAAUCUUUCAGAAUGAAGAGUUAAAUUUUGCUCUUGCCGAGACUGUAUGCAACAUGCUUGGUGGAAACCUGGUUUCCAUUCACAGUGAUCUGGAAAAUCAAGUCGUCCGACAACUGAUUCUGGCAGGGGCCGGAUCUUUUCAGCUUUCUUGGAUUGGACUACAUGACCGGGUCGAGGAAGGAGCUUUUUUAUGGACCGAUGGUUCAAAUUUUGAUUUCGAUGACUGGGGUCCUGGCAGGCCAAGAACAACGGAUACAAAUACAGACUGUACACAGAUCAACUUUCAAGGUGAAUUCUGGAGUGAUCAACGGUGUGGUCGUCAACGAUCUUUUGUUUGUGCCAAGGACUUGAAGAACUUCUAAGACAAUCAGGACCCCCCCUUCAUCAUUGUUCCUUUGCAACAUGCUUUUCACUGUCACAAAGAAUCUUGGUGGCCAACAAUCAGUUGUUAAAAAUUGCUCCUUUACAAAGUAAAAAACACUGGUACAACCAACUUGGACACUCAAACCAUAUCCGACGAAUAAAUCAAUCUCUUUGA